AAAUAAACAAGGCGUUAAAAGCCUUUUCAAGGUUCAACCUUAGCAUCAAUAUCAACCCUCUAGACCAGGCAGACCUUGGUAGAUUUUGUCCAUCUUCCGAAGAUUUUUGAACGAAGAUCACUUUCACUAUUAGAGCUGGGUACGACCUGGUAUAAAUAGUGCGUGAAGAUGGGUACCGUGAGAUAGAAGUGCGGCAGUUCUUCGUCGAUCUGUUUGUUAGUUUUUUGUAGUUUGUGAGGGUGUGAUACGUUGUUGAAAAUGAGAGGUUUCUUGAUACAAACUUUGGCAAUCUGCUGUCUAGCGUCCGUGUCUUUAGGCGGAAAACUCACCAAGCGUGAUGCUCCGCUAAGUGGAGGUUAUCCAUCUGGUGGACAGAGCAACAGCUACCUUCCUCCUUCCAACGGUGGAGGCUUCGGUGGAGGUUUUGGUGGAGGUAAUGGUGGAGGAUACAGUGCUCCUUCCUCAUCCUAUGGAGCUCCAGCUGCACCUUCCUCGUCUUACGGUGCUCCAGCUGCUCCAUCGUCCUCUUACGGAGCUCCUUCCUUUGGAGGUGGUAACGGAGGUGGAUUUGGGGGUGGAUCAAGUUACUCAGCUCCUUCAAGUAGCUAUGGAGCUCCAGCAGCAGCUCCAUCGUCCAGUUAUGGAGCUCCAUCAUCUGGAUCAGGCUUUGGAGGUGGUUUUGGAUCAGGAGGUGGUUUCGGAGGAGGUGCGCCAUCAUCAAGCUAUGGAGCACCAUCCAGGGGCAGAGGUAACGGAGGUAACGGUGGUUCCUCCAAGUACCUACCACCCUCAACCAGCUACGGUACCCCAGUAGGACCUUCCAGACCAUCGUCUUCUUAUGGCGCUCCUUCAAGACCAUCCAGCUCCUACGGUGCUCCUUCAAAACCCAGCUCUAGCUACGGCGCUCCCUCAAAACCCAGCUCUAGCUACGGUGCUCCAUCUUUCGGAGGCAGCAGCAACGGUUUCGGAUCUUCUUCCAGUUCCUUCGGCGGUGGCAGCAGCUACUCUGCUCCUUCAAGCAGCUACGGAGCUCCGGCAGCCGCUCCUUCAUCUAGCUACGGCGCUCCAUCAUCCGGAGGAUCAUUUGGAGGUAGCUACUCAGCUCCAUCAAGCAGCUACGGAGCUCCAGCACCCGCUCCUUCAUCUAGUUAUGGCGCUCCUUCUUCCGGAGGCAGUUACUCGGCUCCUUCAAGCAGUUACGGAGCUCCAUCCUCUGGAGGUUCGUUCGGAGGAAGCAGCAGUUACUCUGCUCCAUCUAGCAGCUAUGGAGCACCAGCAGCUGCACCUUCUUCGAGUUAUGGAGCUCCAUCCUCUGGGGGAUCCUUCGGAGGAAGCAGCAGUUACUCCGCUCCAUCUAGCAGCUAUGGAGCACCAGCAGCUGCACCUUCUUCAAGUUAUGGAGCUCCCUCUUCGGGAGGAUCAUUUGGAGGAAGCUACUCGGCUCCUUCCAGUAGCUAUGGAGCACCGGCAGCUGCUCCUUCAUCCAGUUAUGGCGCUCCAUCAUCUGGAGGAUACAGUUCUGGAGGUAACGGAGGUGGACAGAGCUACUCAAGCAACGGAGGUUACGUUUAUUGAGUUGGAUACGGAUAGAGAAAAACAGAUUUGCCGAUGAGAUGUUUGUACAUAACGAAGUAUAUAGCUUUAAUUUAUUACUUUUUUCACGAGGAUUCUGCAGUAUUAUAGAGUAAUGUAAGAAGUAAACGAGUAAUAGGUGUGAUGUUUAUUGAAGAACUCUUUGAAAUAAAUUCAAAACUUGUUCUUUAAGGGUUAAUAUUAAUGGUUUAAAAAAAUGUGUAAUCUAUUAAAAAGUUCUUUAAUAAAAAGCCAACCUAACCUAUCGAAUAUUUUUGUACCAACUUGUAAAAAUGAAAUAUAUAUUUUUAAAUUA